AUGCAAGCUGCUAAAGACGUAGGUACAGUUAAACGAGUUGUUCUCACAUCGUCAUUUGCUUCAGUUAUUGAUGUUGAUAGAGGUGCUGGUCCUGGAUUUACAUACACUGGUAAGGACUGGAACCCACUGACAUAUGAAGAGGCUUGUAAAGGAGACGCCGUCAUCGCUUAUCGAGGUUCAAAGAAAUUUGCAGAGUUAGCAGCAUGGGAUUUCGUCAAAGAGAAUGCAAACUCUAUUAAUUUCGAUUUGGUAACUCACUGUCCGCCUAUGACUUUUGGUGAAGUCUGUCAUCCGAUCAAGGGUCACAAGGACUUGAAUGUAUCCAAUGCAGUUCUAUGGAGUAUCGUUGAAGGGGUUGAUCCUCUACCAGUUUCCCGUGUACCAGUUUGGAUCAAUGUUGGGGACCUUGCUAAGGCUCACGUAAACUCGCUUCUUAUUCCUGAAGUUGGCGGCAGAAGAUAUGUCCCAGCGUCACCCGAAAAGUUCAGCUACCAGAAAAUUGCCGAUAUAAUCCGAGAGAAGUUUCCAUGGGCCAAAAGUCGUGUGACAAAGGGCAAUCCUAAUGAGCCAAUCCCAGAAAGUUAUGACCUCGACAGUCAGGCUGUUACUGAUGAUCUUGGUGUCACCUUCACAAGUCUUGAAGAAACGAUUUACAAAGCAAUUUAUCAGUUUGCACUUUGGGAAGGAUCGGGUAUAUCUAAAGAAGAGUUAGCUGAAAUGAUCGAAGAUGCAAACAAAAGAUAA